AUGUUAAUGGCAUCAAAAGGACAUUUCUUCACGCAAAUACCACAUCCAAUACACAAGUUUUCUGAGAUGAAAGCAAUUUUGGAAGUGGGUGUAACUUCAAUACACAAUUUUCCGGUCUUCACAACAGGACAUCCUUUCCGACAUUCUUGUCUACACUUCUUCGGUUUGCACUUGUCUGAGGAGAUUAUAGCGAUUCUGGUAUUUUUACUGCUCAUGUUUAGUGUUUAG